UGUCAUUGCAAAAAGUUGCGAAUUUCGGCAAAAGUCAAGUUUUAAUUAAAAUUUCAUUUAAAAAUGGAUUUAUACGAUUUAAGUCAACAAGAUAUUCAUUUUUUAGAAGAUAAGCUAUCUGAAAAUCCUGAAAUACUCAUGAAAAAGGAUUUGAAUCACCGAUUGCUGCUUCAUUGGGCAUGUCUUUCUGGUCGUGAACAAUUAGUAGAUAUUAUUUUGAAGCUAUCAACACCUGAUAUAAAUGUAGGAGAUGAUACGAAUGCAACACCUUUAAUUUUAGCAACACUUGGGGGGAAGUUAGAAAUUGUAAAGUUAUUAAUUGCUAAAGGCGCAGAUGUUAAUGCCAAGAAGCAAGGUGGUCAUUCUUCUCUUCAAUACGCUGUUUCAAAGAAUCAUAAAGAUAUUGUACAGUAUUUAAUCGAAAAAGGUGCAGACAUAAAUAUUCUGGAUGAUCGUUUGGAUACGCCUUUACAUCGUGCAGCUUCUUUAGGACGUUUGGAUAUAGUUAAAAUAUUAAUUGAUAAAGGAGCUAAUUUGAAUCGCCAAAAUAGAGAACUUAACACUCCAUUGCAUUUAGCUUUAGAAGAUGAACAACUUACAGUUGGAUUUCUUCUUAUUGAAGCAGGAGCGGAUUGUAAAUUAGAAAAUCGUGCAAAACAAGCUGUAAUUGAUUUGUGUAAGUCAAAUGUUAGAAAACAAGUACUGGAAAAAUAUGGUAAAAAUUUUGAAUAAAUC